UUUGCACUUGUCGCAUACUUGGCUGAUAUGCUCUGAAGCAUCUGCUGCAGUUGCACUGACUACUAGCUAGUAGCCACCGAUACCUGUACACAAGUCGUUGUUCUUGUUUUGAGCGAAUGAUCAAUCAACCAUUCAUGAAGUUGGAGAAAUUGCUGGAACGCCCCAUCUAACUUUUUACACAGCUCAGCUGGCUGGAAUGGGAUCACAAUUUUGAUGGCGCGAAACACAAAGUGAUCGAAAAGGCUGCUCAAGCAUUGAAGGUCAGUCAACAACGAAAGAGCAGCAACGCUCGAGCCAAAACGUCGAUCUGACUGGGUCAACACAUUUGCUUCCCAAGUAGAUUCUGUCGUUGUCGAAGCUCUCAAGACUAUCCUAUUCGCAAUCUCAUAAUCUACAAGAACCAACAAACCAUAAAACAAAGAAUCAGCAAUCAUCAAUCAAUUCAGAACAAUGCUCUCUGCAACCCCAGUCGAAACUCACACAAACACACCUGUUGCCGAUCCACCAAUGAUGGAAGAAGAAGUUGGUAUGGAAGAACUAUCGCUUGAAAUGAUGGCAGAAGAAGUCAGUAUGGAAGAAUCAUCGCUUGAAAGCGAGCAAGUCAUGGAAUCAACUACAACAAACAGCGUCGAAGAAGAAAUGGAACGACAAACCAAGAAAGCGUGCUACACCCGACUCGUUGUGGGGCUCGUCUUUGUGGCAUUUGUUGUCUUUUUCAUCGUCGAUUCCAUCACCAACAUGCACGCCUUGGAUGCCAUUCAAGAUUUCCUGAAAUGGGUGGAGAACAACGCUGUUGCUGGUGUCUUUGUCUUUAGCUUUGUCUACUUGGUGGCCACUGUAUUCUUCAUUCCAGGGGCCAUCCUCACGCUGGGAGCUGGAUUCACUUUCGGUAUGGCGUUUGGGCUGGGGGCUGGAGUGGUGGUGGGAACUUUGGCUGUCUUUCUGGGCGCUGGUGCAGGUGCCAUUGUUUCAUUUCUGCUUGGCCGCUACCUCCUGCGACAACAGAUGCAGCGGCUCACCAAAAAGUACGCCAUCAUGGAAGCUCUCGAGGCUGCUCUGGAAAAGAAGGGACUGCGUAUCUUCAUCCUCCUUCGUCUAUCUCCCAUCAUCCCUUUCAACGUCAUCAACUAUGUGGCCGGUGUCACUUCCGUCUCUUUCCGUGACUACUCCAUUGCCCUCUUUGCAAUUCUCCCCGGUACAAUCCUCUACGUCUUUCUGGGAGCAUCGGCCGGUUCUCUUGCGGAUUCUGCCAUGAGCGGGGACAACUCCACCGUCACCAUCAUUGUUGCCGUAGUGGGCGCCGUCUUUGGAUUUUUGGCAAUCUUCGUCACCACUCGGUUCGCCAAGAAGGAGUUGAACCGAGUGUUGGAAGAGCGCCGUCAAGCGGACGAAGAAGCGAUCGACGAGGAGGCAGGACAGAUCCAACCCAAGGAUGAUUCCAGCACUCAUGACAUGGAGGAAGACUCAGGCAACAUGUCCGGCACAAGCAUGUCUCUGACCGUUUCCCAGGCCGAACCGACUCCAACGCCAACCCAGGACAAUGGUCCACAAGAAUUCGAUGCGUAAAAAAAGAGCUUCCCUUCUUUCCUCCAUCUUGCCUCCCGCCUUCUGUGGCGCACACUUGCUUCAAUCCUCUUCUCUGAUGAACCACCAACUAAUUAGAACUAAACUUAGAUUCAUUGUUGCAUUCCAAAUGGGCCGUACCCACACCCUGCCUUCUUCUUUGGUCUUCCCUUCGCUCUUGAAUCCAUCUUCUUUUCUCGUGAACUACCACUGAUUAGCACUUUUAUAACUUAGAUUCAUAGUUACUUUCCAUAAUGGGCCAUUUCCACACCUGCCUUCAUCUUUUCUGUGGUCUUCCCUACCGGUACCGUACGGUACCCCCAUCUUCUUCUCUGCUGGCUGGUGAACCACCAACCACUGAUCAGAAGCAACGUGCCUUGUAGUCACUUCUAAAGAUUCAUAGUAACACGCCAAAAUGGACGAUCCCACAGCCCAAAGAGAGGAACCUAGAAACAAGCUUGACAGGGCGGCCAGGUGAACAGUUGAACAGCGCAAUCUUCGUUGGUUAUUGGCCUGCCCAUGGGUCCGUGGGUGACAGAGGUGUGUCUUGUUUUCCCGAAAUAUGCGACGUCCCUUUGUACGACCGAGAUAUCCACGACUCGAUCCA